CGCGCACCACUGCGCGUGCACAGCUGUCAGCACCAAGGACAGCCGCUCAGCCCUGAGCGUAGCGUCAGUAUUAUCACCUCACAGAACAGCCCGCGCCGAGCCCACUGAGGACCGGUAGAGCAAUUAUACAGUGCACAAAGGGAGCCGCAUACCCCGCGAAAUAUGCUCUAACUCGUUUAUAUCGACACUGGAAGAAAGACAAUGGGGGAAACAGGCAAAGGAAGAUAAUAAUCUUUGAAGAAAUGCUUCUGAAACAGCGGAGAUAAUCCAACAACGGUUAAGGUCCUGACCAUGCACAUUCCUCCGCAUUGCACUUAAAUCAAAUGUGCAGAUUUUCCACACUGUCCAGCGGGACGGUGGUUCAAGUCGUGGUAACCGGGUGAACAGUGCAGUCCAGAAUCCGGGAAAGCCCACCUGCCAACACGAGGGAGAGACGGAUCUGUGGUCCACUGUGCGUUUUGGUCGUUUACACGAUGCGUUUGUUUCUGCUGGCGGUGUUCCUUUCGUGCUCCUGUGCGCGGGCUGGCUGCGAGCCGAAGAUAGUGAACAUCGGAGCCGUCCUGAGCCAGAAGAGGUACGAGCAAGUCUUUAAGGAUGCAGUGACCCAGGCGAACCAGAUCUACGGGAGAGAUAAAUUCAAGUUGACCGCCAUCUCCGUAACGCACAAACCCAACGCUAUCCAGAUGGCUCUCUCCGUCUGCGAGGACCUCAUCUCCAACCAGGUGUAUGCCAUCCUCGUGAGUCAUCCUCCCCAGUCCAACGACCACCUCACCCCCACGCCUGUAUCCUACACCGCAGGCUUCUACCGCAUCCCUGUCGUGGGCCUCACCACACGCAUGUCCAUCUAUUCCGACAAGAGUAUCCACUUGUCUUUUCUGCGGACUGUCCCCCCGUACUCCCACCAGGCUCACGUGUGGUUCGACAUGAUGCGAGAGUUUCGAUGGAACCACAUCAUCCUGAUCGUCAGCGAUGACCACGAGGGGCGGGCCGCGCAGAAAAGACUGGAGACCCUACUGGAGGAGAAGGAAACAAAGAAUAAAAAAAGGAACUAUGAAAACCUCGACCAACUGUCCUAUGACAACAAGCGAGGACCAAAGGCAGAGAAAGUCCUCCAGUUCAGCCAGGAGACUAACUUAACUGCGCUGCUUCUGGAGGCCAAAGAGCUGGAGGCCCGCGUCAUCAUCCUCUCCGCCAGUGAAGAGGACGCUGCUGCAGUUUACAAGGCUGCCCGUUUCCUCAACAUGACGGGCUCGGGUUACGUGUGGCUGGUGGGAGAGCGGGAGAUGUCGGGUAAAGCCCUGAGCGAGGCGCCAGAUGGUCUCAUUGGCCUCCAGCUCAUCAACGGCAAGAACGAGUCGGCCCACAUCAAUGACGCAGUGGCCGUGGUGGCCCAGUCCAUCCAGGAGCUCUUUGAGAAGGAGAACAUUACGGAGCCGCCCAGAGGCUGCGUGGGAAACACCAACAUCUGGAAGACUGGGCCCCUCUUCAAAAGGGUUCUGAUGUCAUCAAAGUACCCAGAGGGCCUCACUGGACGAGUGGAAUUCAAUGACGAUGGCGACAGGAAGUACGCUCACUACAGCAUUCUCAACUACCAGAAGAGUCGACUCAUUCAAGUUGGGAUUUACAAUGGAACACAGGUGGUGAUGAAUAAUCAGAGGAAGAUCAUCUGGCCGGGAGGAGAGACAGAGAAACCGCGGGGCUUUCAGAUGUCCACGAGACUAAAGAUAGUGACCAUACACCAGGAGCCCUUUGUGUAUGUGAAACCCACUGAGCAGGAUGGAACCUGCAAGGAGGAAAAAACCUUAAAUGGAGUGGCAGAUAUUAAAAAGGUGAUCUGCACUGGACCAAAUGAGACCAUCCCAGGUAACACAACAGGACGUCCAAUUGUACCUCAAUGUUGUUAUGGAUUCUGUAUUGACCUACUUAUCAAGUUGGCUGGAACCAUGAACUUUACCUAUGAAGUACACCUGGUGGCUGAUGGGAAAUUUGGAACACAGGAGCGGGUGAACAACAGCAACAAGAAAGAGUGGAAUGGCAUGAUGGGAGAGCUCCUGGGGGGUCUGGCAGAUAUGAUCGUUGCCCCGCUGACAAUAAACAACGAACGAGCCCAGUACAUCGAAUUCUCCAAACCUUUUAAGUACCAAGGCCUAACCAUCCUCGUUAAAAAGGAAAUCCCUCGCAGUACACUGGACUCGUUCAUGCAGCCGUUUCAGAGCACACUGUGGCUGCUGGUGGGUCUUUCGGUGCAUGUGGUGGCGGUGAUGCUUUACCUACUAGACCGGUUCAGCCCGUUUGGGAGGUUUAAAGUAAACAGUGAAGAAGAAGAAGAAGACGCCCUCACCUUGUCGUCAGCCAUGUGGUUCUCCUGGGGAGUGUUGCUUAACUCCGGUAUUGGAGAAGGCGCGCCGCGCAGCUUCUCAGCGAGAAUCUUGGGCAUGGUGUGGGCCGGCUUUGCCAUGAUCAUAGUGGCAUCGUAUACUGCCAACCUGGCUGCCUUCCUGGUGCUGGACCGGCCUGAGGAGCGCAUCACCGGCAUCAACGACCCGAGGCUGAGGAACCCAUCAGACAAGUUCAUCUAUGCCACAGUGAAGCAGAGCUCUGUGGACAUCUACUUCCGGCGGCAGGUGGAGCUUAGCACCAUGUACCGCCACAUGGAGAAGCACAACUACGAGAGUGCCGCUGAGGCUAUCCAGGCCGUGCGCGACAACAAGCUGCAUGCUUUCAUCUGGGACUCUGCGGUGCUGGAGUUUGAAGCCUCGCAGAAGUGCGACCUGGUGACCACGGGAGAGCUGUUUUUCCGUUCGGGCUUUGGCAUAGGCAUGCGCAAGGACAGCCCCUGGAAACAGAAUGUGUCCCUGGCCAUUCUCAGUUCCCAUGAGAAUGGCUUCAUGGAAGAUCUAGAUAAAACCUGGGUGAGAUACCAGGAGUGUGACUCACGGAGCAAUGCCCCAGCCACACUCACCUUUGAGAACAUGGCAGGAGUGUUCAUGCUGGUGGCUGGAGGCAUAGCAGCAGGGAUCUUCCUCAUCUUUAUUGAGAUCGCCUACAAGCGACACAAAGACGCCCGAAGGAAGCAGAUGCAGCUGGCCUUUGCGGCCGUCAACGUCUGGAGGAAGAACCUGCAGGACAGUAAGGAGGCCUCUGGAAGCCAAGCUGUGGGCGCAUCGAUGACCCCAUCGUUAGUAUGUAACAUAGACAAGAAACAUUUCCACCCCACGUCACCCUUCACUUUUCGAAUAAGAGUUAAGCUAAAAUAAAAGUAGCUCUAACAUGAGAACAUUUCAAACUAAAAAAUGCAUUCCACGUUCAUGGCAUGAGCCAGUUAAGCCUUACGCUUACUUUAGCACAUAUGCAACGCAGGAACACAAUUAGCUACGCAAAAUGGCCCUUCUGCGUACUUGCAUUGUAAAAAUAUGCAAAAGUGUGCAGCCCAAAAUGUAUAAUGCAUUGCAACUACUCAGAACGGCCAUUUUGCGUAGCUAAUUGCGUUGUUGCAUUGCGUACCUGCAUAGGGUAUAAAUUUGACUUUGUAUGCUGCUGCUAUAACGCUUUUAGGCUUUGUAAGGUCAGAUGAUGAGGACAUGCAGGGAAAUAAGGUAAUCGAUGAAAGUAAUUUAAAUAAGGAGAAUCUCACAUAGAUUCAUAGAUAAACCUCAUGCUUUUUAAUAGCUGUAACAGUGUGUUGUUACACUGUCAUUUCUGACCCCGACUCUCCGAUGCUUGACGUCUAUACUUGUCCAGUAUUUACAUCACUCCAUCCCCCAGUAUCCCCACCCCCUACAGUGUUUAUGGACCCUAAACAUGAGAGUCCUCUCAGAGAAAGCCUGCGUGUCAGUGACUUAUUUCAGAACGGUGGUCACCUAAAGAUAAUCAGGCAAAAACCAUUCCAACUACAGCUGAGUUAUGCGCUCGCGCCUCAGUCCGUCUAGUCACUGAAGAACAUGAUUUGCCCUUAACUCCAAUAUCUUCCGCUGUGAAGCGUUGGUGGCCCCCCCAACUCCCUCAUUCGCCUUUCCUUCGCAUCAUCCCGCCCCACCCCUACCUACCCUACCUCCCACCCUGCGCUGACCUACCAUCCUCAGCAGGAGGAGCGUGGUGUGGGGGUACAUGGGAGGGAGGUGACGGGGGCACACGAGCUGAGACGGGCAGUGGACACUGUGAGCCUGUGAUGUGGCUCUGGCAGCCAGCCUGCCCCCAUGCUGGCUCUUUGUUAAGCACUCACAAAAGGUCAGUGGUGCACCGGUUGUAUUGACAGCAGGGCUGGAGGAAGGUACGGUAAGAUCACAGUCUCCAGUGCGUGUCAGCAAAUCACUGUCCUUCCGAGACUGUCUGUCAUCUACCUUACUACCAGAUGUAACUGUUGUCCAUGUCUUCAUGUCUGUGUACAUGUAUAGGCACAUACGGUAGACAAAUGCAUGCAGGCGCCCGCUGAGAAAGGAAAAGGUCUGUGUAAUAUCUGUGUUGAAGACGAGGUUAUAUUGACACAGUUUAUGAAUAAUUUCAGCACUACUGAACAAAGAUGGCUUCAUCCAUGCAAAUCGUACACAGCAUUAUUCUCAAUAGGGCCUAGAGCUAAUAUGGGGUUCACAUGCUUUAAACAAAUGACAGUUUUCUGCUCUUGUUCCUUAACUGGGGCAUCAUGCUUGGAGUAGCAGAAGCGAGCAAAUCAUUGAAUCUAAUACAGUAUGAAAUGAACAUUAUUCAAAUUAUUACCAUGUCUCUCGAUGCCAUCAAUGCGAUUACUCACAGAGAAAGUAUAAUUCAUACAGUAUUUUACACUAUUCAGUAUACACUAUUAUCAUAACAACAGGGUUUGGUGACAGUUUAUGUGAACUUUUCCUUUCUCUGUGGGUAUUUCCAGCUAGGUGUCCAGCAUCAUUUUUACUGCUUGUGUGUUUGUAUGUUUAUAUUUUUGUUUGUUUUUAUACUUCUGUGCAUAAUGCAACAUGUUUGUACAUUUACGCCUUCCAACACAGGUACCUCCAGAGGAUGUGCAAUUCUGAAUAACCUGUUUGAGUCCUUCUUAUAGUUCACUAUGUUGCUGCUCUGAACUGCUUAUGCCUUAGUAUCUUCUCCAGUAACUAACCAACCCAUCCCAGCUUGGGCUAAAUUUCAUUUGGAAUUUCAAUUCACUUCCUGAAUUGAUUCAACUGAAUUAUAAUUUACCCCUACUCUCACCACCUUUGUUUGCUUGUAUCUACUGAAAAAGCACUGUGAACUGAAUCUGUCCCCCUCCCUAGUUUAAGAGAAGCUACAGUAUCUAGCCGUUAGUUUUCUCUGUUGUAGCAGGUCUUAUUCAGAAGUGCACUGCCUAAAAGUGGAGGAGAUAUUAGGAGUGAGAUCAACAAAAUGUCAACGAGAACUAAUGCACUCUAGUGGCUGUUGUUUCCUAUUGGAGACAGGAAGCCGCUGCACAUGCAUCCAGUGGGAUGCUUCCUCCAUUGGACCAGCAUGCUUUGCAUGACCGGGACUUUGCAAACACAGCACUUCACAAGCGGUCGGUGUCGAUUGAUGUCACGUGAGACCUGGAUAUUCUACGCUGAAAAGUACAACAAGAAAAAAACAAUUUUGACGAGAAACAGAAAAAUACAAAAGAAUAGAAAAAAACAAUGCUUUGAGUUGCGUGGGCAAUGAGCAUUCUUUUUUCAAUCUAAAUGUCUCUAUGCCUCAUCUUUACCUCAUUGAUGGAGUUUUAACAUGAGGUGACUUUGACCAUUGACUAACAUCUAGAUGUCAUCUUCCAACAGGAAAUCCAUUUUAUUUACUUUUUUCUCACUGGUGACUUGUCCAUCACUCCUCAGCCAAUCAGCUCCACCCAUCUUCCACACCACCCAAUAGAACAUCACCUCUUAAUGCUGUGGCAUUAAGAGAAUGGGGAUGGUUUGGGUGGUGAUGGGUGGCUCAAACAGAGGCCCAGUCAUGUGAUCUGAUGACAGGGGAUGCUCUGUGGGUCCAGUGCUGGCCUGAGUUGACUGUCAUGCUUUAUGUUUUGUGUCUCCUUCUCUACCCCUUCCCUUACCGGCCCUGCCAAGCUCUUCCCAUCCUUCCGUAGCCCUUUCUGCAUGUUCUCAGAUGAAAUUCACACCACACUGCCCCCCAAGUGCCUUCUCAACUCCUAACUCACCUUACUCUCUAAAUCUCUUACCCAUCCACUCCUAGGGCCUCCCCAUUCCCUAUGACUAAUUCACCUUACUCUACAUCUCUUAACAUGUAUCUAGGCCUAGGACCUCCCUAACUCCUACUCUCUACAUCUCUUACCAUUUAUCUAGGCCUAGGACCUCCCUAACUCCUACUCUCUACAUCUCUUAACAUUUAUCUAGGCCUAGGACCUCCCUAACUCCUACUCUCUACAUCUCUUACCAUUUAUCUAGGCCUAGGACCUCCCUAACUCCUACUCUACAUCUCUUACCAUUUAUCUAGGUCUAGGACCUCCCUAACUCCUACUCUCUACAUCUCUUUCCAUUUAUCUAGGCCUAGGACCUCCCUAACUCCUACUCUCUACAUCUCUUACCAUUUAUCUAGGUCUAGGACCUCCCUAACUCCUACUCUCUACAUAUCUUACCAUUUAUCUAGGCCUAGGACCUCCCUAACUCCUACUCUCUACAUCUCUUACCAUUUAUCUAGGCCUAGGACCUCCCUAACUCCUACUCUCUACAUCUCUUACCAUUUAUCUAGGUCUAGGACCUCCCUAACUCCUAUAUCUCUUAACAUGUAUCUAGGCCUAGGACCUCCCUAACUCCUACUCUCUACAUCGCUUACCAUUUAUCUAGGCCUAGGACCUCCCUAACUCCUACAUCUCUUACCAUUUCACCUAGCUAACCAUCCCUAUCCAGACCUCACAACAACUUGGCCAAAACCUCUCAUGCCGCCUAUCACCAAAACCUUCCCACACCCCCUACCUAAUAAGCUCGCCAAAAUCUCUCAGAUUUCUCAAUUCCACCCACAAUCCCUGCUCUAACUCCAGUUAGUAGUAUACUGUAUAAAGUACAUAUAUUAUUCCAUAUACUACCACCCCAACACCAUCUAUUUCACUCCCUAGGGAAUUUCCAUUAUACCCAGCCACAGGUAUAAUGACUCAAGGAGCUUCAAUUAUAUUAUACUAUCUGUUGUUGUUUAUCUUAUGUUGGUAUGCAUUUUAGUGGCUCCCCUGCCUUAUAGAGCACCUUUUUAUGACUGCUUGGCUUGCAAUGUGGUUGUUUCCUUUGCUAGCUUUUCUACUGGCUCGUUUGGUUCCCUUGGCUUUGCUUCUGGAUCUUAAAGUAAUAACUAUCUAAUAGCAAGAAGAUGGAUGUUUAUUUAUUUUUCUUUUCUCCCCCACCUCCUCCCCC